GUCAUCUCGGAAUGUGGACUCCAUUGUCCGAAAUAACUGAACCGAAAACACUUUGGGGAUACUGUACAUCAGACUUGCAGAAAAUGCUCCGUUGUCUGUGCAGUUGCUGCCCCUUCCAUGAAAACAACGAGAGGCAGCCUCUCCUGCAGCCCCCAUGCCCAUCUCAGCCAAAUGGAGCCGAAUCAGCCAGGCUAUCAAGGCCUGUAAACAAUGAUGCACACCCUGCGAAGCAAAUGGGGAGAGUGGUGAUGAGGCGGGUAGGCGUGCAGGAACUGGAUCAGAGGUUUUCGGAUGUGGCCGAGACCUUCAAUGAGCUGCAAGAACGCUACGAAUCUGUGAUUCGACACAUCGGAAACCUGCAAAAGAAUUGCGGCUGCGCUUCGAGUGACGAUCAUUUAACUAUAUCUCAUUGUGUGGGGAAGAUCUGUGAAGAACACAGGGACAAAUACACAGUCUCCCUAAGGAUGAAGGGCUAUGACUUUACCCUUUCCGUGGUUCCUGUGGGGUCCCCGGGGCAAAUUAAUGAACAUUCAGUGUCACCGGCUCUGCGAUUAGCUCAAGAAGAGGUGAAGUGCACUUCCGAGAACACCAAGGCCGUCAUAUCCAAGGGUACGACUCUUCAAGAGUUAAUUGGAUGGCUGCUCCGCAGCAAGGUACAAAUGGCCGAGCAGGUGAAGAAGGUCGCGGAGACUUACCAGGAGCAGGGAAGACUAAAUGAGAAUCUGGAGGAGAACGUAAAGCAAGUGAGAAAGGCGAAGGACUUGUCCCUGAAAUACAGACAGCGUGCUGGAGAGGUCAUUACUGAGGCGGCUCAGAUUGCUGGUGCGCCGUUGUAGUUUAUGCUCGUUUCUUAACUGACUUCACUCACUAAACUAAUAUAUAAUAAUCACAUAGGCACAAAUAAUGUAUUGUUAUACUUUACUUAUAUGACAGUGGGUAUUCCUCUGUGCUGUGAUUGUCUAAUUUUUUCUACAAUAACUACUUUCUGUCUUUUUAACUCAAGUAUUGAUAAAUCUGGCUUUUAAUUUGUGUUGAUGAAUUGCCUGGUAGUUUUUGCACUUCCUUGAGUCACCGCUGGGGGAGCUGUAAACAUACACUCCCUGGGUCAUGAGAAAGGAAUGGUCACGUUGGGGUUAUUUUUAGUGUCACUGUGUACUAAAUAUAAUUGGACUUUAGCACUCUAAGACUACUAUAGAUUAUAUUGGUGUAUUAUUUUAGGCUGGAAAAAUAAAUGUUCUGCUUCACAGUAAGUCACAGCAAAAAUGAUAUAACGAACUAAAGCUUUCAUUACUGUGAAAGCCUCCCAGCAAAUCCUUAAAAGCCAUUUUACAGAUUAUAUUGUGCUUAAGUAAAUUGAUCAUGCAUCAUUUACCAGCUUUAAUAUUGAUAGAUUGAGAUUUAACAUGUGUUGUGCAGUAACAAAAAAAUAGCAUUCUAAUACCGCUUAAAUGCUCCCUCUUUAAUGAUGUAAUAGUGAGAAAGUGCACACACAAUUAUUUCCAAAGUGAUUUCAUUGAAAAGCAUCUUUGACAGCUCACUCUGUAGUCAAGGGAGCGCGGCUGACAGCUACAACCUACCAUGACCACGGAGAUUCCCGCCCUUAUGCCAUACGGCUAAUUUGAUUGGUUAAUGAAUUUAAUAGGCGGGGCUGUGAGGUCUUCUCACCCGUUUCCCAUUGGUCGGUGUGCGUUUCUUUCCGUUCAGUCUGAGAUCGCUCACUUAAAGAUGGUUUGACUGAGGAAAGUAACCAAAAUGAAGGCGCGGGUGUUAUUGUGUUAUUGAAGAAAUGCACGGAGUAGAGAAGUGAUUCUUCUUUGCCCGUUGCCGGAAGAGAAUAGGGCAAGGAUCCCAGGAGAUUCGCCGAUAGCAUGCCAGUAGAGGUGAAGCCUCUUCAGAUGUGGGAACAUGUUGGCUAUGGACCAAGGAGUGGUGGAGGAAUGGCUUUCAGAAUAUAAGACCCUGCCGGACAGUGCCGUGUCUGCUUAUGCCACAUCGCUAAAAGACAAAGGUGCCCUCGUACCCGCACUCUACAAGGUCAUCCGAGAGAACUACAGUGAACUGCUGGAGCCAGUUUGUCACCAGUUGUUUGAGUUUUACCGGAGCGGUGAGCCACAUCUGCAACGUUUCACUCUCCAGUUCCUGCCAGAACUCCUGUGGAGCCUUCUCUCUGUGAGCGCAGCUAGAGACCCACACACCUCCGGCUGUAUCGAGGCCCUGCUGCUGGGCAUUUACAACCUGGAAAUAGUUGAUAAGGAUGGACAGAGUAAAGUAUUGUCCUUCACCGUCCCUUCGCUUUCCAAACCUUCAGUGUAUCACGAGCCAUCUGCCAUCGGCUCCAUGGCCCUGACAGAAGGGGCCCUCGCCAAUCACGGGCUGAGCAGGGUGGUGUAUAGUGGGCCGCAUCUCCAGAGGGAAAACUUCACAGCACAGAACAGAUUUGAUGUGCUGACCUUCCUGUUGCUGUGCUACAAUGCUGCUCUCAGCUACAUGAGCGCCACUUCCCUCCAGUCCCUCUGCCAACUCAGCUCCAGAGUGUGUAUAUGUGGUUACCCGCGGCAACAGAUACGGCGCUAUAAAGGUAUCAGUGCACGGAUGACGGUCACAUCAGAGUUCUUGGUUCAACUCCUGACAGGGAUACACUAUGCAUUGUGUAACGGCGAAGCGGAACUGGGAUCCAAAGCCUUGGACGAUGUUCUGUAUCGGGCCCAGCUGGAGUUGUUCCCCGAAGCACUGUUGGUGGGUAACGCCAUAAAGUCGUCGCUGCGGGGCGCAGCACUGAAGAGCAACACAAAGGAGGGCGCACGAAGUAUCCAGGUGGAGAUAACACCCACCGCCUCCAGGAUCUCUCGAAAUGCUGUCACGUCCCUCUCUAUAAGGGGGCAUCGCUGGAAAAGACAUGCAGAGUCCCAGGAGGUGAGUGUAGACAAUGAGGCCGUGCCAGGGGGCGUGGCCGUCCCCGAGAUCAGUGUGACAGGCGUGAGCAGUGAGCGAAUGCCCAAUGGAGACUCCCUGCGGCCACGCUCUGACGGCCGCAUCCAGUCUGAUGGCGAAACUUUGGGAGGUGCUACCGAUGCCGGCCAGGACCCCCGAGGUCAUGACUUCGGCACUCGGGGGCAGGAGGUCAGGAGGCAGAAGUCUGUGAGGCGAAUGAUGGAAAAUGAGAGUUCUGGGUCAGCCUCCAUAGGGAGGGGUCAGUACUAAGGUCCUGCCCCUCCUCCCCUUUGCCCCACUCCUGGGGUAACCUAGACGCAGUGGAUCUGGGUUCCCCGGAUGAGCUGAUGGAUAUUUCGGAGGCAGAUGAGGGUGUGUGGCCAGGCGGGGUGGGUCCCGAUGUGAACCCACCCACCAUCACUAUCAGCAACAGCGUGACCACGUUAAACCUGGGGGCUAAGGCC